GUUAACACUGCUGUAUGUUAUCUGUGAAAGUUGUUAAGAGUAAAUCCUGAGUUCUCAUCACAAGAAAAAACUUUUUUCUCUAAUUUUGUACCUAUAUGAGACGAUGCAGUAAACCUAUUGUGCUAAUCACUUCGUGAUGUAUGUAAAUCAAAUCAUUAUGCUGCGCACUUUAUACAGUGCUCUAUGUCAGUUAUAUCGCAGUUUAAAAAAUAUUCACGUACAAGAUUUCACGGUAACAUACACUUUCAUUUCUCUUGGGUUUAUAGCCAGGAGUGGAAUUGUUUGUUCAAAUGGUAACUGGAUGUCAAACCAUUUGAGGAACUGCCAGAAUGUUUUCUCAUAUGGCUCCCCAUUUUAUUUUGCCCAAAUAUGGAAAUCUAGCCAUCUUUCAAGUACAGGUACCUGCCCUUACUUUGGGUAAAUUUUUGUAUUAAUAUUUUUUCUAAGUCUUAUUUAGUUAUCUUUUUUGGUUUGUUAUUGGUUUUUUAAUGUAUUUUUUAAAACAUUUUUUUUAAAGUAGAACAUGACAUGAGCAGUGGUCCGCAAAGUGGAACGGGAUGACUCCUUGGAAAAUAAGAACAAAAUGCUAUUUUCAAUUAUGCUUUAUAAUUACAUAAUGUAUUAGAAUAGCUGUGCAUAUGUAAGGUUUAUAAAUAAAUAGUCCUAUAUUAGAGAUGUACGUGCAAAGAUUUUUUUUUUCACAAAUAGGAAAUUGUAAUCAUAAAAUUCUGGGGACAACUGUUCAAAGGGCAUGGAAUCGAAUAUAUAUAGCUGAGUAGUUCUUAAUCCCACAUUUUGUGACAAAUUGAAGGGGAAAUUCUUAAAAUUAGUUUGCUAAUGAAAUUGGAAAUAUCCUGCUAAUUUUAGCCCAAGUGGAACAUGUAAAUACCAGGGGAAGGAGGUUUGGAUCAGGUGCUGCGCUUUUGUUUUUGUUGAACUUCUGCUGAUUACUAAUGGUGAGACUUGGGGCAAAUCCCCUCACGGUCUUCAUUUCAGUUGCCAAAUUGGCCUCAUAACACCUGAAAUAUCGGAAGUUAUCAUUAUGCAGAGUGAGAGUAGUAAGUGUGACAUAAGCAGUGACCACAGGAAGUUAGUCAUCUGUGCAUCUUGGGCAACCUUACAGUUUCCUUAGGCAAAUAUCUGGUGUUCCUUGAUCUUUGCCCUGGUUGGGUCUUCCUCUUCUCACCCCACCCUGCUUUCUGUCCUUCCUCUGUGUUCUCGACAACAGACCUUCAAAAUUAAGGGUCAUUGCCAAAGGUUAAAUUGGUCAGAGAGGAGCCAUGUGACGCCACCAGCCACCAUCGCAAUGUGGCACGGUUUCCUUCCUAGUGCUUUUGGUGUGAGAACACGGUGUUCAGCACAUGCUGCAGCGGAGAUGUGCAGCUGUCUGAAAACUGCAGUUUACUCCAAUUCCUGGCCACUGUCGUGGAAGCUAUGGAGUUGCAUUAUUGGGCGUCUUAAUGGUUUCUGUGUGACAUGUGAUAGCUUAACUCUGUAGACAUCCUUGGGGGAAUGUGACCUUUGAUUAAAGUCAAAACAUGAGGGGAAGUAGAGACAGAAAGAUGGAAAGAGGUUCUGGGGAACUGUGUUAACCAAACAGCCCACACGCUAUGGUUAUGGACCAUUUCACGCACUGCUUGCUUUUGUCUCUUACUGGGCAUGCUCAGUAAGACACCAUAAAAUUGAGAGAAAUGAAUUUGCCCUUUACCCUCAACUCUUGUGAUUUCUAUUCUCUAACAUUCUUUAUUCCAAGGAAAUGGUUGGCAGACAUUCUAGGUCAUGAUCUCCAAUGUCAUCUACAAGAUGAUGUCUAAUCUUGACUUCCUUUCCUGGACAACAGAAAUAAUCAGCCUAACCAUGCUUAGGCACUAUUGGCUAGUUUGUUCAUUCUUUCAUUCAUACAAUCAAAGAAUAUAUUUAUUGAGCACCUAUUAUGUGCCCCAUCUAGAUACUGGGGACAGAGCAGUGAUCAGAAUAAAUUUUUAAAAAAUUGCUCUCAGAGAUUUUACAUUCUAAUGAGUAUUAGUCAUUGAGGAUAAAUAAAAUGGGGACUAGAUAGAGCUAAGGAGUAAGGAGGAAAAACUAGACUUGGGGAGGGGAGAAGAACUGUUGGGGAGCUGUUUUUACCGGGUGAGCAGGGGGCGUGUCACUAAGACAGUGACAUUAAAGGUGAGUCUUUUCUCUGAUGUUCCCUGAUAUGUCUUCUAGUACUCGGUAGUGCUGAGGCAGAGAAAGUCAUAAAUCCUAAACUUGACACGCUUGUGCCUGUUCAUGGAGUAUCUUCAAGACUGUUAGGGGUAUUCGGAGCUAAAGCUGUUCAUCUACUGUCAGAGUGCUGGCUGCUUAUGGUCUGCAAGACUUUCGUGAGGUCGCUACGGAGGUCGUGGUGGCUCAUGCCCAGCUGAUCAUCCAUCCGCCCCUCCUGUAAAGAUUGCGUUUGCCAGGUGCAAAGACACUGUGGCUCUGCAGUGGCCCUGAUGGUGCAGUCAUUCGCAAUGGGACCAGUGACCGCGCUGGGCAGGGACCUUCCAGAAUGAAUGGGGGUGGGGGGAGUCCUGGAGUCCCUGCGUUGUCUUGGGCCUUUGCUGCUGCACGUAUGUUAACUAGUAGUCUGGCCUGUGCUUACCCUCAAUAGGAUAGUCUCAAUAGAAAUGACGGUAAUUUUUGUAGCUGGAUUUCUCUUCCUUUAAAAUGUGUUUAGAAAUUGAUUUUAUUUUUGCAACUAAGCAUCUCUUAUUGAGAGGAGCUCAUUUAUGAUGGUGGGAAGGGCUUGAGAAGAUGCCUAGCUAGCACUUCUCAGGUUCAUGUUACUCAUUGCCUGCCAGCACCCAAAAUGUCUGAAUGUGUGUUUAGGCACUACCUCCCCUCCCCCAGAAUGUAAGCUGCCAGAGGGCUUAUAUAUAUCAGGAAGUGAGAGCUAGUGUGAUGAAAAUGAAGCAAGGUGAUGUGAUAAGGAGUAACCAGGGAACUACUUUAAGAGAGGUAGUUAGGAAAGACUUCUUUGAGGAAGUAAUUCAUAAACCCAGGCGUGCAUAAAACGGGAAGGAGCCAGACGUGCGGUCAUUUGGGGGAAGAGCGUUCCAGGCGGAGGGCUGAGAACAGGGCCGAUAGGGUGGGCAGGAGCUUGUAGGACCCAGGAGCUUGCUGUGUGGUCGGGACUUAGGGAAAGUGGACCCACGAGAGAGGUCUGCAGGACAGGAUCGUGUCACGCCUUAAGGACAAGGUAAGGAUUUUGGAUUUUAUCCAGAUUUGAUGGGAAGCUAUGAUGGCGAGGCUGGGAGUGGAUUAGAAGAAUGACAUCUGAUUUAGGUCUAUAAAAGAUGUCUCUGACUAACUUGAUAAUAAAUGGAUAAGAGCAGAAGCAGAGAGACCAUUGGGAAGAUGGCCAGAGGUCUAGGUGGGAGAAGAUGGUGACUUAGGCUCAGGUGGCGGCUCUAGAUAGAGGCUUGCGGAUGGGUAACGAGGGGGAGCUGGGGAAGGUGGGAUCAGCGAUGACUCUUAGGUUUGGAGCCUCAGCAACUGGGAAGUAUGUCCCCUGAGAUGGGGAAACCAGGAAGGAGUAGGUCUGGGGGGAAAAGUCAGUGUAUGUUUUGGAUAUAUCAGGCUGUGAUACCCCGCCUCCCCAGACAAAUGUCAAACAGUAAGGUCUGCUCGCCAGGAGGUCACGGGAGGUCAGAAAUAGAUCCAUGCAGGAGCUGCCUGUAUACAUAAUGAUGAUCUUAGCCUCUGAACUUUGUGAGAACCAGAGUCAGGCUCCCUGCUGUGAGCCUGCGGACCCCACCCUUCCUCUAGGCUGAAUGCCAAAGGGACUGCCUCAACCUCUGGGCCCGCCCCUUGCUGACCUGGCUUUGGCUGUUAAAGGUUGCUUUAAGCUUUACAAUGUGAAGGACACUGGGAGGACAUUAGAAAGACACACAUGCCGAGCCUGUAGGUGCAGUGAUGAGAGUGCUUCUUCUUUGUGCAGCUCUCAACCUUUCAAUCAUUACCUAACUUACUAAAGCUAAAAACUGAGCUUAAAAGUGAGCGGACCAUUUUAAAGACAGAGUCUAGAUUCAUAGUGUGUUCUUUAGACAGUAUAAGCUAAGCAUUGACUUAUAUUACUAUUAUAAGUAAGUAUUAUAAGCUCAUGUAAAUUUAUACAAAACAAAUUUUUUCGCAUUUUUGUUGUUCUCAGUUUUACAUGCCACCUGUCUACUUUAUUGAAAUACAAACACAAACUGAAUAAAAAUAAGAAACUAUGAAAAUGCGUCUUGACUUCCAGAUGGUAUUCCCAUUUUGGGUUUGACGUUUAAUUUUACUGGAAUGAUGCAUGGAUGUUUUACAUUUUUACCUGUUUUUUAUCAGCAGUAUUCUUAUACAACUUUAUCAUUGUAUGAAAAUAAUUAUUUUUAUGCUUUGAAACCUCUUUCCUAUACCAAUGUCAUAUCCCUUAAGUUUGCUGCAAGUUUUAUGGCUGGUUCAUUUAUUAAUUUUUUACUUUUAAAUCCAAGUGGGAUUUACUGUGUAGUACAGGGCUGGGUACAAACUUUUAUUUCUUGUUUCUUUGCUUCCUCAAAGGAAUUUCGAGUUAAAAAUAUGAUUGAGCCCUUGUUUAUCUUGAAUGAUUCUUGCUCCCUGCAGGUAAACUUCCCAGCCCUCCACCCUGUCACGUGGUGAGUUCAAGGUCCGAAUCCAGUAGGACAGCAGGAUUCACACCAGCCCCGAGCCUAGAAGAUGGUAUCACAGUUUGCGGGCUGCCGGGACUCUCCAGAGGACCCCUGGGAAGGGGUCAGCGAUGACCCUGGUGACACUGAUGGUUCGCCCAGCCUCCUGGACACUGACCACGCCUCUUGCCAAUCAGACAUCAGGUUCACGAGGCACAGGGCUGCCUGGAUUAACCCCCCGUGUGUGCAGCUGCAGGAUCUGCCCGGCCAGGUGCUAGCGGUGGGAGACAGUGAGAGCCACGUUGUGGGGGACGCCGCCUCUCCCCGGGGCCCUUCACUGUUGUCUGCAGGGGACUCCCUGGUGGAGACAUCACUGCUGAAGGGCACUGCGGACUCCACGGGCAGCUGCUCUGCCCAGGGCUCAGGAGAGAAGAGCAGGGACUUCUCUCUUACCUCAGCGGGAGAGCGGGCAGUGCUCCCAGGACGCGGUCCUCGGACAUCUCUGUUCACAAGCCCCAAGAUUUUGGCCGCUUCCCCAGGUCCUGAGGCCGACAGUGCUUUUUUCAAGCCUUCCCACCUGACAGCUCCCGCUGAUGAAGGUGCUGUUCACGUCAGCGGAAGAAACGUCCCUUUGAAUUCCUUCUCCCCAGAGGCAUUCGUGCUCCCUGUCGAUGUUGAAAAGGAAAAUGCCCACUUUUAUGUUGCCGAUAUGAUUAUAUCAAUCAUGGAGAAAAUGAAGUGUGAUAUUCUGAGUCAGCUGCACGCAGAGAGCUGGAGUACGGGAGAGGCCGGCCGGUCACUUGGGAACGAUCAAGUAGACCCUGAAGUGACCUUUUAUACCAACAUGAAGCAGGAAUCUGGGUCUUCCACUUCGUCGGACAGUGGCUAUGAAGGUUGUGCUGUGUUACAGGUCAGCCCAGUGGCUGAAACAUCUAUUUCCUAUGAUGUGAUGCAGGAGGACUGCAAAGGUGACUUGGAUGAAUUCGUUAUCGUAGAGCUUGGAGAGUUUAGCGACAUCACAGAGACUUGUGGAUGUUCCUGCGGCUCCUCUAAGAGUGUUGUUUAUGAGCCAAACUUCAAUUCUGCUGAGCUACUCGCCAAAGAGCUCUACGGAGAAUUCCGGAAGUGCUGGGUGUCCUCAGGAGUUAACCAUCCGCUGGCAGCCUCCCUGAAUGCGGCCGGCUCAGUAGUUGUGGAUGAGGAGCAUCUCGGGAAAGACUUUGAAUCCAGCAUGGAUAUAGUGGAGGAAAUUAAAUUGAAGUCGAGGAUCAGAGGGACUGAAGACUGGGCGCCCCCGAGGUUUCAAAUCAUAUUUAAUGUUCAUCCACCACUCAAGAGGGACCUCGUGGUAGCAGCCCAGAACUUCCUCUGCGCCGGCUGCGGAACUCUGAUAGAACCUAGGUUUGUGAAGCGGCUCCGGUACUGCGAAUACCUGGGCAGGUACUUCUGUGACUGCUGCCACUCGUACGAGGAGUCCUGCCUCCCUGCCCGGGUCCUCAAGCUGUGGGACUUCAGGAAAUGCUACGUCAGCAACUUCUCCAAACGGCUGCUGGACAGCAUCUGGCACCAGCCCAUUUUCAACCUGUGGAACAGCAGCCACAGCCUCUAUACGAAGGCCAAGGAGCUGGACAGAGUGAGGGAACUCCAGGAGCAGCUAUUCCAUGUCAAGAAGCUGUUGAAGACCUGCAGGUUUGCUGAAAGUACGUUACAGGAGUUUGAGCAGGUGCCUGGACAUUUGACUGAUGAACUCCACCUGUUCUCCCUGGAGGACCUGGUCAGGGUCAAGAAAGGGCUGCUGGCGCCCUUGCUCAAGGAUAUCCUGAAAGUUUCCCUUGCGCACGUGGCUGGCUGUGAGCUGUGUCAAGGAAAGGGCUUCAUUUGUGAAUUCUGCCGGAGCACAGCUGUCAUCUUCCCAUUUCAGACCGCGACAUGUAGAAGAUGCUCAGCGUGCAGAGCUUGCUUUCACAAGCAGUGCUUCCGGUCCUCCGAGUGCCCCCGGUGUGCGAGGAUCAGAGCGAGGAGAAGGCUUUCGGAAAGUUUGCCCUCCGCAGCGACAUGAUGCCCUGAGUAUUGUGAGAAAGACUGUUCACACGCCUUAUGACCACAUCGUCUGUGUAUACUAUUGAUAGCAUGGUUUUAUUAUUGAGUAUUGUCUAUUAAGAAAAAAGAUGGCCAAUAUUCUCUUUAUUAUGUAUAUUUAAUAUUUUAAAAGAAGGAAGAUUCUUUGGUAUUUAGCAUAGGGUUGUUACUGGUGGUUCUGUUUACAAAUGUUCAAUGUUUUUGCUGCUACAGGUUUUUUAAAGUUUUUUUGAUACUUCUGAAAUUGUAUUUGAAUCGUUGUAUUUAGUGAAUGGUGGAGCCUAUUUUGUAUGAAUUGUAACUGACAAGAUGAAUUACUCAGUUCGUCUUUCUGUAAACUUGUUUUGUGAAAGGGAUUUGUACUUUCAACGAACAGAAAUGCAACCAAAAAUCCGUUUGCUCGGGCUUUUCCCCCUAACUUAAAUGCCAUUUUGUAAUUGUAUCAGUCUUAACAGAUUUUACUCAUUCCCGGGUUUGUGUGGAGGCUGCGUGUUACUACUCUGUGUCAAGCUGGGUGUGAGUUGCUCAGCAGUGCUUGAAGGUGCCGUUUGAAGUAGUUGCCUCUAGAUGGCGCUCUUUCAGAUGGCACAAAUCAGACCUUACUUGUCUGCUCUAUUCCACAAAGUCAGGGGAUGCCUGGGUGAGCAGAACUUUAUCCUGCCCUUUAGGAGUUUGUCUCAUAGAUAUAAAGUUGAACAUAAGGUAUUUGAUGACUUAAAUAAGCUGUGGGAAAAAGCUGUUAACGAACAAUGUGAUUCCAGCAGUGACAUUAAAAUCAUAGACAUUCUACCAACAAGGUUGGGUGAAUCACUAAAACUUUAUGAAUUUCUUUUGCCUAACA